UUCUUUCACUUGUGUUGCGUCUGAGAGCUCCCACUUAAAGAUGGUUUGACUGAGGAAAGUAACCACGAUGAAGAAGCGGGUCUACUGCAUUACUGAAGGAAAUCAAGAAGUAGGGAAGUGAUGCUUAUUUCGUUUUGGAACGCAGCAGGACGACACUUGGACGAUCUUCACUGAUAGCAUGCCAGUAAGUAGAGGUGACGCCUCUUCAGCUGCAGGAACAUGUUGGCUAUGGACCAAGGAGUGGUGGAGGAAUGGCUGUCAGAAUAUAAGACCUUGCCUGACAGCGCCGUGUCAGCCUAUGCUGCAUCACUUAAAGACAAAGGUGCCCUUGUCCCGGCACUCUACAAAGUCAUCCGGGAGAAUUACAGUGAACUGCUGGAGCCAGUGUGUCACCAGUUAUUUGAGUUUUAUCGGAGCGGUGAGCCGCAGCUGCAGCGUUUCACGCUUCAGUUCCUUCCAGAGCUCCUGUGGAGCCUUCUGUCCGUCAGCGCGGCCAGAGACCCCCACACCUCGGGCUGCAUCGAGGCCCUGCUGCUGGGCAUUUACAACUUGGAAAUAGUUGAUAAAGAUGGGCAGAGUAAAGUAUUAUCCUUCACUGUUCCCUCGCUCUCCAAACCCUCGGUGUAUCACGAGCCGUCCGCCAUCGGGUCCAUGGCGCUGACGGAAGGGGCACUCGCCAAUCAUGGCUUGAGCAGGGUGGUGUACAGUGGGCCGCUCCUCCAGAGAGAAAAUUUUACUGCACAAAACAGAUUUGAGGUGCUGACCUUCUUGUUGCUGUGCUACAAUGCUGCUCUGAGCUACAUGAGCUCCACUUCCCUCCAGUCCCUCUGUCAGAUCAGCUCCAGAGUGUGUAUAUGCGGUUACCCGCGGCAACAGAUACGGCGCUAUAAAGGUAUUAGCACACGGAUGACGGUUACAUCAGAGUUCUUGGUUCAGCUCCUCACAGGGAUACACUACGCAUUGUGUAACGGAGAAGCGGAACUCGGAUCCAAAGCUUUGGAUGACGUCCUGUAUCGGGCCCAGCUCGAGUUGUUCCCGGAAGCGCUCUUGGUGGGCAACGCCAUCAAGUCGACGCAGCAGGGCGCGGCUCUGAAAAGCAACACCAAGGAGGGUGCACGUAGCAUCCAGGUGGAGAUCACACCCACUGCUUCCAGGAUCUCUCGGAAUGCUGUCACGUCGCUCUCUAUCAGGGGCCACCGCUGGAAACGACACGACGCAGUGGAUCUGGGUUCCCCGGAUGAGCUGAUGGAUAUUUCGGAGGCGGACGAAGGCGGGAUGGCGCCUGACACAAACCCACCCACCAUCAUCAUCAGCAACAGCGUGACCGCGUUAAAUCUAGGGGCAAAGGCCAUAAAGAAGUACCGUCUGGGCGGGCGCAGCAGCAAGGACAAAGAAUCCAGCCCGCUCCCCAUCGGUCGAGCGGCUAGCGAGAGCGUGGAGACGUCCGUCAAACGUCUCACGCUCACUUCGAGCCAGUCUGUGCCCAAAGCAGGAGCUCUCACCAGCUUGACACGCACGGCCAGCGCCGUGUUCUCUCGCUCUUUUGAGCAGGUAGCCGCCGGUACCACCCCGGCCCCUGGCAACCACACUGCCCCAGAAUCUGGCACUUAUUCAUGCAGCCUGCAGGAGGAAGGGACGGCCUAUUUAAACCACACGCAACGUUCGCCAAGCAUCAGCGCGCACCUUGGCUCGGACCUUUGAAAUGGUUUUAUGAUGAACCUUUGGAUUUGAUCCUGUGAUUCUGCACCAGUAACCUGGAGCUGUAAGCCAUGCCAACCACUAGGGACCACGAACAUUUUUUUUUCUUUUCCUUCGCUCCCAUGCUCCACUGCGGUGUUGUUCUUUCUGUGCCGGGGAGUUGAAGUCACUUUGCCGAUUUCUUUGACUCAUUCAUUGUAAACCACUGCCACUGCCAUGUCAGGAAGAAAUUUACAAGCCUCUGACAAUAUAUACAUUUAAAGCUCAUCACUAACCACUGUGUGUCAAAGUAUUUGGAAAUGAGUUGGCAUGUGUUGCCUUUGCAUGCCUUUUCCAUACAUUCACCUUUACCUUGACACCCCCCCCCCCCCCCCCCCCCAUGGAAGGAGAUGUGUGUGGGUGAGUGUUUUUCUUUUGUGUGUGUGUAUAAAAGCUGUUGAUUGAAUGAAAGUUUAAACCUCCGGAUUCAAAAAGAACAAUUUUCUUUGCUCCUUCUUCAUAGCAAUACAAACCGUACCUUCAGUGUUUAGACGAAUAUAUUUAAACCUAAACGACUUUGGUCUAAUAACAGAUAUUUUUAUGAAAGAAAAAAAAAUCCACAUUCUUCCCUAACAAGUAUGGAAAUCGCAAGUGUUCCAUUCUUAAUAUUUACAGUCAGUAUUGUUCUGAUGAGCAAGAUGAAACUCAACAUAAUUAGUCCAAUGAUGUUUUUGACUCUGGUGAGAGGGCUAUGAAGUAUCAGGGUUUGCACUUGAGAGGCAAAUUACAUAUUUAUAAAGGAGUAACUCUCACAGGUACCAAUCCCAAAAGAAGGUGUGUUACAUAUGUCUGUAAGAAAACCUGUGGAUUAUUUUAAUACCUCAUUUAGCCACCAUGCCAGGUAUUUGUAGUAUUUCUGACGUCUCUUUCCUUUUCUUCCAAGUCAACCCACCUCCAUCAAAUCAUCAUGCUAACACAAAGGUCACCUCCAUCCCCAGUGUAAACUGUCGUCUGUGUGCUAUUAACGGUUUGGUGUACAUAAUUUGAAAGGACAAUCGAUGUGUUUCAGUAUGUCAGUUUACAAAUUGUGACUGCUUCUGCUUUUGCUGUACAUCAUAUUGUUGUUCUUAAGAUGUUUUUACUGGCCUUUUUAUAUGUCCGAGGAUGUGCAGCUCAUUGCUUCUGGAAAUAAAGUGUUUCUUUUGA